AUGUCGGAGAGAGAAGUAGCUUUGUCUGGGGUUGUGUCCGAGUUCCAGAAGGUGUCUAAAGCCGAGGGAAAACAGGUGAUUAUGACUCCGGAGGGUGUGUGGAUGGACACAAAAUCUUACUUUAUUACUAAAGCGCCUUUAGCCGACGAGAGGGAGUUUUACCGGGGCAUAGCUUCUUUUUACAAGUUUAAGCACCCGAAUGGUCCUCUGGGCCCUUAUAAUAAGGAGGAGUUCGACACGAGGUUUAAGGAAUAUGCUGUUUCCCGGGCUCCCUACCCCGUGAAGAGUUCUUUCAGGGAGCUGCCGUGGGAAGCUCAGGAUCGUUUGAUCCGGGUUGCCUUUCAACUUCCGGAUGCGGUCGAGUGGAGGUUUCCUGAGCCUGAGGAGAGGAUUUUCCACCGGCCCGCUGACGGAUUCGUCCCGGUGUGGAUGGAGCAUUUGAGGUCCGGGUGGAACCCGAGGUGGCACCUGUUCUUCAGGCACCUCUGUAAGUAUGAGUAUAAAUGUUCCCCCAUGCAGAUCACCCCGAAUGCAAUUAAGUUGAUGACCUGGUUUUUGUGUGCUUGUAACAAGAUGGGGUAUCAACCUACACUCAAGCUUUUCCAUAUUCUCUUCCAGUUCAAGAAGUCCGGGGAGAAACCUCUGUAUGAGCUUCGUUUCCGGUCUAAAGAAUGCGGUUUUGGACCCGGGUUCCUGAAACCGGUGAUGCACCAGUCUUCUUUGAAGAACUGGAACCGCGAAGUGUUGAUGUUGAAAGGUUUGGAUAUCCACUAUAUGCCGUAUCUUGUCACGGAUGAAAAAUUAGUCAGGACUAAUUUCGACGCCCCGGGUGCAUCCGGGAAGUUCCGGGAUCAGCUUAGGGAGUUUUGUGAGUGUCUCGGGCAGCAGUUGACCCGGGAUACCUUUAUGCAAUUUGAUAAACUGCAUGAAUGGGGAUGUUUGCCGUAUUUUGAUAAAAAUCUGUGGAAGAGUAUGGCUAAUGAACAUUUUGCUGCUGCUUUGAGGAACCUGGGGGGAAUUCAUUCGAUCCCCAAGCCUACUCCUAAGCCUAAGACCGGGGCUGGGAAGAAUGAUGAAUCCGGGUCUUCUAGGCAAGAGGCAACCGGCGGUGAGUCUAGCGCUGCCAUGGAGAAAAUCGCUUUGGGAGAGACCGAGGAGAUUGUGGAAGCUGGCAGUCCGGAGUUGGUGACCCGGGGGAGGAAGAGGAAACAGGUCUCGGCGCAGAAGGCCUCUGCUAAAGUUCCCAAAGUUGGCCGGGGAAAAGGGUUUUUGCUGGAUUCUGACUCGGAUUCUGAUGAUGAAGAUGAUGACGGGGAAGGUGCCCGGGUUCCCCUUGGGGCCGGGAAGUACUCUGCCCGGGAAAUAAUCAAGAUAAUGUCGGAGAUUCCGACCGAGGAAGACUGGGUUAGGAUGGAUGAUGCCGGGAUGGUGAGCACUUUCAAGGAACUGGGGAGUCUUUGGGGUCAGCUGGGGUCUCGUCUAGCCGGGUUCAAUACCAUUGCUUUUAACUUGAUAAAGUCAGAAAGGGAUACUGCUGAGACUUUUGGGGCGAGAGCCCGGAAAGCUGAAUCGGACUUGGCCCAGGAGAGGUCGGCUAAGGAGAAGUUGGAGUCCGAGUUGGAGAAGCGGGUGAAGGAGGCCGAAACCCGACUGGAAGCUGAGUGGAAGCGGAAACUGGAGGAUGCUGAGACCCGGGCGGGUGAUUCUGAGAAGAGGGUGUCCGGACUCGAGGAGGAUAUGGAGAAGUUGAAGAAACAACUCGAGGACCGCAAGGAGCCAGAAGUUGUGAUUGCUGAUUUCAAGAAAUCUGAAGAGUAUAAGGGUGACCUGGCCAAUGCUGCCGCUGCGGAGGUUGUCCGAUGCUGGAAUGUUGCCGAGAGGCACAUCAAAACGGAUCCGGUGGCAGAUCUGACCAGUUUCAUCAACCUUUAUAUCCAGGCCAAGGAUGAUGUUACGGCCGGUAAGGGCGAACCCGAGCCCUUUGAGGGUCCUUCUCCGAGCUUUAUUGCUCCAGCCAAUCCGGUUGCUCCCGUCGAUGCGGCUCUCCAGACAAACAACCUUCCCCCUGCUACUUAGUCACUUUUUCUUUUAUCGUGAAUAUGCUCUUUGAAACAAUCUUUUGUAUCUCCGGAUUAGUUUUUGCUGGAUUCGAAUAUUUAUCCGAGGUCCGUGUGGACCCGGGAUUGUGGAUGCUUGCUUCGCUGCUGUUUUAUCAAAUAUUUUCCUGUCAUAUUUGUUUGUGAAUGCUUUUGUAUGCUUUAUGUAUUCCAGACUGGCUGUUUGCAAUAUUUCUGUACUUAGAAAAUUUUCUAAGUAAUUGUAACGCAGGUGUGCCCGGGUCAGUCGUACCCCGGGUGGAUUGCUUUUAGGAUACUUUGUACUUAGAAAAUUUUUCUAAGCAGAGAUAAUUGUAGUUGUAUCCGGGGUGGAAUGUACCCGGGUUGGUUGCUUGAAAUGGUCUUGCACUUGGAGAUUUUUCUAAGUAGAUGAAAUAUGUAGACCCGGGCGACAUCUACCCGGGUAGAUUGCUUCUGUUGCUUUUACGCUUAGAAAUUUCUUCUAGGUAGAUUACACAUGUGGGCCCGGGCAACGUCUACCCGGGUUGAUUGCUUAAAUAUGUCUGCCCUUAGCAAAUGAAAUGGAUGGAUCCGGGCAACUUCUACCCGGGUUGAGUGCUUUAAUAUGUUUGUACUUAGAAUUUUUUCCAAGCAAAUGAAAUGGAUGGGCCCGGGCAACUUCUACCCGGGUUGAUUGCUUUCAUAUGUUUGUACUUAGAAUUUUUUCCAAGCAAAUAAAAUAGAUGGACCCGGGCAACAUAUACCCGGAUUGGUUGCUUUAACAUGAUUGCACCAAUAGAAUUUUCUUAGCAAAUGAAAUAAAUGGACCCGGGCAACUUCUACCCGGGUUGAUUGUUUUGAUAUGUUUGUACUUAGAAUUUUUUCCAAGCAAAUAAAAUAGAUGGACCCGGGCAACAUAUACCCGGGUUGGUUGCUUUAACAUGAUUGCACCAAUAGAAUUUUCCAAGCAAAUGAAAUGGAUGGGCCCGGGCAACUUCUACCCGGGUUGAUUGCUUUCAUAUGUUUGUACUUAGAAUUUUUUCCAAGCAAAUGAAAUGGAUGGACCCGGGCAACAUAUACCCGGGUUGAGUGCUUUAAUAUGUUUGUACUUAGAAUUUUUUCCAAGCAAAUGAAAUGGAUGGGCCCGGGCAACUUCUACCCGGGUUGAUUGCUUUAAUAUGUUUGUACUUAGAAUUUUUUCCAAGCAAAUGAAAUGGAUGGACCCGGGCAACUUUUACCCGGGUUGGUUGCUUUAAUAUGUUUGUACUUAGAAUUUUUUCCAAGCAAAUGAAAUGGAUGGGCCCGGGCAACUUCUACCCGGGUUGAUUGCUUUAAUAUGUUUGUACUUAGAAUUUUUUCCAAGCAAAUGAAAUGGAUGGACCCGGGCAACUUUUACCCGGGUUGGUUGCUUCAAUAUGUUUGUACUUAGAAUUUUUUCCAAGCAAAUGAAAUGGAUGGACCCGGGCAACUUUUACCCGGGUUGGUUGCUUUAAUAUGUUUGUACUUAGAAUUUUUUCCAAGCAAAUGAAAUGGAUGGGCCCGGGCAACUUCUACCCGGGUUGAUUGCUUUAAUAUGUUUGUACUUAGAAUUUUUUCCAAGCAAAUGAAAUGGAUGGACCCGGGCAACUUUUACCCGGGUUGGUUGCUUCUGUUGCUUUUAUACUUAGAAAUUUUUCCAAGUUAGAUGAUUGCAUGGAUGUACUUAGAAUUUUUUCCAAGCAAAUGAAAUGGAUGGGCCCGGGCAACUUCUACCCGGGUUGGUUGCUUCUGUUGCUUUUAUACUUAGAAAUUUUUCCAAGUUAGAUGAUUGCAUGGAUGGACCCGGGUAGACCUUUCCCGGGUUGGUUGUAAAUAUUGCUUGACUGCCUUAGAAAUUUUCUAAGUAAAUAAUAGCAUAGAUUCAUCGGUAGCAAAAGACUUCAUUGAUAUUUAAUACUAUUACACAGCUUUGAGAACGAUCAAAAGUACAUGAUUGCUUUUAGGGAUAUGUAGCUGUCUUCUAGGAUCCUUAUCCUUUUUCCUCAUUCUACUGGUAGAAUUUCCUUAACCUGAGUCCGUGCCAGGUGUUAGAUACCUCUGACCCGUCCAUGUGUUCUAGUUUGUAGGUACCCGGCGUUCCUUAACCCGAAAGGCAUCAGUUUGUAAGCAUACACUGCCCGGUGGGUUAUGAAAGCUGUUUUGGCUAUGUAUGCUGGGUUCAUCUUAACCUGGUUGUACCCGGAGAAGGCGUCCAUAAAGCUUAACAUCAGGUGUCCUGAUGUGGCAUCAAUAAGCUGGUCUAUGCUUGGUAGAGGAUAAGGGUCCUUCGGGCAUGCCGCAUUCAGAUCCGUGUAGUCAACACACAUCCUCCACUUUCCGUUUGCUUUCUUUACCAUGACUACGUUAGCUAGCCACUCCGGGUAUUUGAUCUCGCAGAUGAUAUCUGCCUUCAUCAAUUUGCCAACUUCCUCAUCUAUUGCCUUCUGCCUUUCUGGUGCGAAAUUUCUUCGUUUUUGUUUGACUGGUUUCUUCUUGGGGUCCACAUCCAGGCUGUGCAUUGCUAGUGACUCGUCCAACCCGGGCAUGUCGUCCGGGCUCCAGGCAAAAACAUCUGCGUAGCUUCUAAGUAGUUGGAUGAGUUCUUCUUUAAAAACGGUAUCCAAGCCUUUUCCGAUCUUGACUUUUCUUGCCGGGUUGUUUUUCUCGAUUAGGACCAACUCGGUCUCUACUGCGGCUUCGACCUUGGUCAAUUCUUGUGCCGAGAUCAUUUGUUGGAUCCGGGCGUCAGUGUUCUUUUCAACAAAAUCUUGAGCUGAGCUCAUGGUUGCUUUCUGGUUGUUUUGUCUGGGAUCAGGGUUGGUUGCUCCCGGGUUGAUGUUACCCGGGUCAAGUUCGAUCACCUGUAUUUCACCUUUGGUUUUUGGGUAAGGUCGGUGCUUCUUGUUGCUUUUCUGUUUUUGAAAGACGGUUGCCUUUCUCUUGUUGUCCAAGUGUGUUUCCGCCAUGACCAAGGCUUGGCUAUAACAUACCCCGGCUGUUGCUGAGUCUCCUUUGACUUCCCCUACCCCGAACGGGGUUGGGAAUUUGAACUUCAGGUGUGGAAUGGAUGUGAUAGCUUCAAUCUUGUUCAGACCUGGGCGGCCAAUGAUCACAUUGUAAGGCGAGGGUGUAUCCGUGACAUAGAAUUUGAUAGUAUGGGUGACUUGGUUCGGGGGAGUCCCAAAUCGGACAGGGAGGUAAAGCGUGCCGAGGACCGGGACGAUGCUGUUCCCGAACCCAUAUAGAGGGUCCUCCCUGUAGUCGUUCAUCCGGAUACUCCCUAGCUCCAUUCGAUCCAUGGUGUGUUUGAACAAGAUGUUGGCCGAAGAGCCAUUGUCCACCAGGAUCCUCCUUACCUCAUUUUCGGCCAUGUCAAGGGUCACUACGAGGGCUUGAUUAUGACCCCGGGUGACUCCUUCGAAAUCCUUGUUGCUGAAAGAAAUCACCUGUUCGGGGUAGGCUUGGAUGGACAUCACUUCUUGACAGGAGCCCGGGCUAGGGGGAGGGGAACAGGAUCCUCCCAGCACUACGUUGACAAUGUUUUUCUGUUUCCCGGAUCCUCCUGUUUUGUCGGCUGUAUUCCGGGCUAUAUACUGCCCCAUAUUUCCCUUGCUGAUCUGCUCUUCAAUGAAGUACUUGAGGGAUAUGCAAUUUUCAGUUUUAUGACCAUGGGUACCAUGGUAAUCACAGUGCCUGUUGGUAGGUCUGCUUUCGGGAGGAGUUUGCAUGGGUUUUGGUGGGUAGUAGAAGGGUUUGUCCCGGACCUCUUUGAGUAUGUCCUCGCGAGACCUGUUUAGAGGAGUCCAUUCGGGCUCUGGUUUCGGUUCCCUGGUUGCUUUGUUUGGACCGGGGUCACUUCUGGACCCGGAUCCCUGCUGGCUGGUCCUCUUGGAACCUGAUUGCUGGAUGAAGUUUGUUUGUCUAUCUGGCUUGAAUUUCUUAUCCUGGUGAUAUUCUUUCCGGGGUCUAUCUUCGACCUGCUUCCCUUUUAAGCUUCCUUGUCGGGUCAUUCUCAUGGCUUGGAGUACAUCGGUUUCCUUGAUGAAUUUGGCGGCCAUGGCAUAGGCAGCUGCCAGGCUCUGGGGUUCCUUGUUGAUCAGCUCGACCACGUAUCUCUCGUUUUGUUCCGGAUCCAGGUUCCUUCGGAAUAUGCUUAGGGCCUCACGCUCAUCCAGGUUGGAAAUUUUGUUGAUUGCUUCCUGGAAACGUUUCAUGUAAUCUGAGAGUGCCUCAUUGUCAUACUGACGAACCGUUUCCAGGUGACACAUAUGAAGUUCAUGUGUCUUGUUUGCUCGGAACCUUCUGAGGAAGGCUUCCCUGAAGUCUUUCCAUGACCCGAUGCUUCGGGAGGGGAUUCGGCUGAACCAUCUCUGGGCCCCUCCCUUGAAUGUGGAUGCGAAGAAGCGGCAUUUGGUCAGAUCAUUGUAGUAGUAGAUCAGGGCUAUCUGUUCAAAAUAGUGCAGGUGUUCCUCCGGGUCUCCCAGUCCAUUGAAAGAUUCAAAGUUGUAAUGUUUCAUACCCUUUUGUCGGGGUAUGGCUUCCAAGGAGUGGCUGAAGGGAGUCAGGGUUCCCCCAAUUUCAAGCCCGGCAUCAUUCCCGAUUUUCCGGUUGAGUUCAUUGAUCAUGUCUCUGAGGUUGGUUUGCCCCGGUCUCUCAUCCUCGUCAUCAGAGAUGAGUUCGGGUGUUGUUUCCUUCCGGUAGCGCUUGGACCGGGAUCCUUUUGUCAACUUCUCCUCUUCGAGUUGAAUCCGGAGGGCGAUUUUUUGCUCAAGUUUUUCCUCCUCCUCUUUUCGGAUCUGUUCUUUCCUCUCAGCUAAGAUUUUUAGCCGGGUUUCCUCACUAUCCUUCUGUUUCUUUUUCUUUGCUUUGUCUCCGAUCCGGUCGAAGACGGAACCCCGGGAUUGACGGCUGUUCCCGGAGUCCUCAGACUCAUCGAUGUUCUCAAGCCUGCGGUUGCUUUCCCGGCGAUCCUGGUACUGUCGGAUGGCCUCGGCUAAAUCCUCUUUGGUGAGCUGUGAUAGGUGGAGGGUGGUGAUUGGUACGUCGGUGUACUUGUAUUGGUUCAUUUCGAUGGUGACCCGGGCGUCAUUGGGGUUGAUGGUUUGAUUCUCCUCCGGGUUUACAUGGGUGAAGAGAGGUCCUGUGGCAUGAUCCGGGUUCGGGUUGUCCUGGUCUGUUUGGUUAUCCGGGUUCGGAGGAAGGUUGGAGCGUGUUCUUUUUGCCAUGAUUCCAAGAACUCACCCGGGGUGUAUGGUUGCUGUUUUGGUGGUAGUGCCCACAAAUAGUAUAGAUAGUGAUAGGAUGACAGAAAUAGUGUGCACAAGUAGUCAACUUACUAUUUUCAGAGAUACCACAAAUAGUUAAGUGACAAAAUGUGUGCAGGUGUGAGACAAAAAGAUUUUAUGUGCUACAGACAAGAUUAGGGUUUUGCUCAGACAGGGUUUGCUAACAUGCUCUACUACAGACAAAUUUAGGGUUUUGUUCAGGUAAGGUUUUCUAUCAUGCACAUAUCAAGAAGAGCCAUGGCUGAAGGUUUUGAGGAGCUGGGUGUUUUACGAAAGCUUACUGGUGUGAUUUGGACCCCCGUUUCGGGGGUUUGUUGAAGAAGAUGAGUCCAGUGGCACCGUGACCACAGGACAGAGGACACCUUCCCCUCCUUCUAGCGCCAAAUGAUAACGCCAAACUCCGAUCCCGGUCCUUCCUCCGCCGUGGCUGGUGGUUCCGUGGUGCAGCUGCUGGAUGGGUGCCUACAAAACAACGCCGGCGGGGGGGUUUUGCCCCAAAGCGCCUCCGGCGUGAGAGUAAGCGUGGGUUUCGGAAGGAUAAAGAUUAGAGAAAGUGCUAUCUAUGUGUGGUGGGUGAAGGUGUAUGGCUGGUGGUUGCUGGUGGCUGAGAGUGUUUGAGUAUAUGCUGAGUGUAAGUGUGUGUAGAAUGAGUGUAAAGAGAGUGGAGUUAACCCUUAAACUCUUGAUCCUUGGUCUAUUUAUAGGCCAAGGAUUAGGGUUUAAGGGUGUGUACCUGGAUCCUGGUCCUACACGUGUAGAGGUUUGAUCCCCUACACGUGUCCAGGUGUCAGCGUGGAAGUAGUAUUUUGGAAUGUUCCCUGGCUUGUCCCUAUCGCCAGUAGUUGACCGUUAUGUUUGUCUUUAUCGUGUCAGUCCGUGCUUUAUGCAGCAGGUGUCGGCUGGUACAUGUGGACCCGGGUAAAUAGUAGGUUUUACUAUACCCGGGUGAGGAAUCCUGUCCGGGUUGCACUAUUCUGUUCGGCCUUGGGGUUAUCUGGCGGGGCCGGUGGCUAUCCGGUGUAAAAGUCCUGUGGGAGGACCCGGGUUCCUCCUUAUCCGGAUCAUAUCCUAUCACCGCUAGUGAGUUGUGUAUCAGAUGAGUUUGUUAUAACAUUUUGUCCAUCCAAAUGGGGUGCUGGGAAUGUGACUGCAGAGAGUGAAAUGGCCUUGGCUGGCUAUUGAGUCUGAGAUGAAGUCUGCCUGAGUAAAUUGAACCCUUGUACAUGGUAAUGUAACUAAAUAAUGUAAUCUGAGCAUGGUUGGAUAGUGGUCAAGAGUUUUUCCUAUGUGGUCCGGUCCUACCUCGACUAUAUAUUUGCAUGGUUAUUAGUCUUAUUUGUCAAAAAAAUAAAUAAUGUAAUUUGAUUGAUGUCCAAUAAAUUUAUGAGAAAAUUUUAAACU